AUUUUUCUGAAUAAAUAUUAAACAUACCUUUUUAUAAUGGAUUCUGAUCCCCAAAGUAUAGAAAUUAAUUGUAAACUAGGAUGUAUGGUUCCAAAAGUUUAGACUCCUUAAUAUUAACUUUAUUUGUUGUGUAUUUCGCCAUAUCUCGAGAGGCAUUUUGACCUGCUUCCUAUUCAAUUGACGUGGGUUACAAGUGGCGUGAAGCAGAACUCUAUACUUAUGGUAACACUUCGCAUGCUUUCACCAGUACCGUGUGGAGAGUCAUAGGAGAAGGAAGUACGUUAUGUUAUAGUAAUUUCUGUCCGUUUUCAAUUAGAUUAAAAGGGUAGUUGUUUCAAACAAAUGCCUUUCAAGUUAGGAAACUAUAUGGAACUGAAAACUAAGUAUAGUUCUGAAAGAAAAUGUCAUGGAAAUUUUAAAAAAUAUUUUGGCAAGUAAACAUGCAACAUUUAAGAAAGGGAAAAUAUCGUAGUAUAUCCCUAUACAAUUGAGAAGAGGAAAAGAAAAGGGGGAUGUUAGGACAUGGAACCGACCUUUUCCCCAGAUGGCGUAUUCGAGUGUUGCGAUCAUGAACACCACCUAUAGCUGUAUGAUCGAGUUAUUCGAAAUAAAGUUAGGUCAAGCGUAAAUAAUUUUUCAAACAAAUGCCUUACAUACACCUCGUAAUUUUGAUCUUGGCCAAGAUUUAAAGAUGUAAAUGGCGACUUCAAAGUUAGAAACAACUGGGAUUGCUGUAAAGUUUAAAGGGUGCUUGAUUGGCGCCUUGAUCGGUGAUUGUUUUGGUGCUCCAUUUGAAUUUUGUACUAACCUUCCCGUUUCAGAAAAAAGGCUAAAAAAUUUUUUUACUGAAAUUCUUAAUGGAGAAACAGAACAAAUUUAUCCAUACACAGAUGAUACUGCAAUGACUUUAUCAGUUACUAAAUCACUCAUUGAAAAUAAGAAAAUUUGUCCUAUUGACUUGGCUAAAAGAUUUGUAAAUGAGUAUUUUACUGACCCUGAAACACCAGAGCGGUCAUAUGGUGCACACGUUCGGCAUGUGUUUGUGGCUUUAAGGAAGUCGAACUUUGAAGAUGUGUUUCUUCCUGCUAAAAACCAAUUUGAUGGAAAGGGAUCUUAUGGUAAUGGAGCUGCUAUGAGAAUUGCUCCUGUUGCUUUAUUCGUUCACGACAAAGAUGACGACUGUAUAAAAAAUGCAGUUGAACAAUGCUCUUUUCUAACUCACACUCAUCCUGAUGGCUAUAAUGGAGCACUAUUAUUGUGUUUAGCUAUACAUUUAGCUCUAAAAUUAGAUUCUUCAGAAAAACUUGAUUCUAUGAAAUUCAUUUUAGAACUUUUGGAAAAGAUGGAAAGGAUAGAAAAUAAGGGAAACAGUCCAUACUGUGAUAGCUUAAAGAAAAUGAAAAAUAUUUUUGAAAAGAAAAAGGAUUUAUCGCCUCAAGAAGUGGGUGAAAAUUUCGGUAAUUCUGUAAUAGCAUUGAAAUCUGUCCCAACUGCAAUCUAUUCAUUUCUCAGAGCUCAGAAAAAACUCCCAAAUUACAAGAAUACAAAUCCCUUUAUUCGAACCAUCUACUUUGCAAUAUCAGUUGGUGGUGAUACUGAUACUAUUGCUACUAUGGCAGGUGCCAUUGCUGGUGCUUAUUAUGGUGAUGACAUAAUUCCAAAACAAUGUAAGGAAAGAUGUGAUAAAAUAAAGGAGGUUGAACAAUUAGCAGAUGAGCUACUGAAGGCUUCUUACGUGUGAAUUUGUUUUUGAUGAAAUGAACUGAAAGAAAAGUAUACUCACUCAAAUUGAGAGGCUUGUAAAUUUUUUGUAUAUAGUUAUUGUUUUUAAGUAAAUUAUUAAUUAUAAGUGUGCUUUAUUAGCUUGAAAUUCCGGUGUAAAAAUACAGCUAAUAAAAAAAAAUUUUAAGCAUU